AUGUUCGCCGAGGACUUCAUUGAAAGCAGCCUGUUUCAGAGCAGUGAGCAGAGGAGCCUGACCUGUGAACCCUAUAGAGAUUGGUCCGACACCUCAGCGGGUGCACAUCAACGUCAUCAUCAUCACCAUCAUACGCUCAACCUCUAUGAUCAGUGGGAUGGAUGUCUUGACAGAAACUUUCCAAGAACGACGACAGACGCCUUUCCCAGCCUUAAGUCGCGAAAAAGAGCUCAAAACCAGCGAACUCAGCAGAGUAAGCUGCAUGCUUUGAUUCUAACCAUCCCUAUCUCCCUCUCUCUGGGGAUAUACUGGAAUUUGUAGAUAGUUUUGUUUUAGUCGGCAAAACCGACGACAAUCUUGAGGGCGGCUCGUACUUUUGUAUCGAACAGUAUUUCGUAUGAUGUCUGGUUCCUUUUUUGUUGCGGUAUCAGCACGCGUGGGGCUCGCACACGACGGUCAAAUUCAUGGUCAGCCCCCGUAAACAUACAGAUCUUCGGUCGGCUUGAUCUAUUCACGUCCCAGGGAAAUGACAGAAGUGGGACGAGACAGUGAGAGUCUAGGUUGCAGAGGUCCACUAUCAUCCUAGUUCAACUAAUGGUAGCAAAAUCCGUUUGGCCCUUACCCUGGUGAAGCAGACUUUAUGGUCAUAUGCGGAUUCGCGAUGCAUCACUGGCAAGGAUAUAGGAAAGUGGAACGGUUCUUUCUGGUCUACAAUGCUGCCGUCAACUAAUCAUAUCCUAGGCCCACGACGUAAGGUUUCUUGGUCGUGCGCGGGUUCAGAGCAUUCGAACUCGUAAUGGAGACUUCGAGGCUGCUAGCCAGCAGGAAGUUUCGCUUGCUCAACGAAAGCGUCACAAGGCAGCUGUGGCAAAAACUCCGUCCGGAACACCUCUUACCCGUUGGUCAUCAGGCGCUAGAGCUGAAUGCGUUGACGUUCGAACCUCUGGCUCACGUCCUGUGCGGAUAUGUUUGAAUUCACCUAUCUACCCAGUUGGAAGACAGAAUAUCGAUGAUUGCAUUUUGCGCUUUCCCCCCGCUCGAGAUCCCUCACGGGCGGUCGCAUUGCAACGAGCAGCCAGUAAACGAGACGUGUUGUUGACAAAGGCUCGUACAGGAGGCCAUCGUCAACAGCGGCAGCAGCAGAAGCAGUAGAACAAGUGACAUUCGUAAGCAUCAUUACCAAAUCAACGAAAAAUGCUAUUGGUCUGUAGGUGACUGCGCAGGGCCCUGUAUGCGGGUGGCAGAUCCAUGUAUACACUGGUUGAGUUCUCAUCCGAACUCAAGCAUCACUUACCGGCUUAUCUUGUUUCACGCAUGGGCAUUUUUAUUGGCAGUUACGAAUUUUAAUUUGUCACCAGUUUUAAAGUUGAGGGCAGCCACUUAUGACAAUUCCUCAAGAGACACCGGGUUGAUCAUUUCUGACAUAUUGACCAUUGCGAGCAGCCGGCCACAGUGAGGCCUUGGCGGGGUCGAUUUAAGGCCUAAAACAGGUCAUUUAGCCAACAGGCAGGUGAGUUAAAAACUUUGCCAUUUGGUCACGGGAUCAUAGAUUACCGACUGACACGGCUCUGGGUUGGAGCCCCAAGGUACAGUAGGUGGGCUAACUCAUGAAAUGUCAACCGAAAUUUCGAAAUGCGUUUUCGUUUCAAAAAACUUGAUCAAGUAUAGUCAUAAACCUGAUCGUCAUGCAGUGGGAUUACAUAAUAAUUCAGCUCCCUCAGGAUUACCUGCUUUCGAAUGAACUUCUUUCUGACCGCAUGCGAGAACUAUACUCUGUAAAAAAUGACUACUUAAGUAGCAUUCAUUUUAUCAUCAGUUUUCAAUACCCCAAAAAAUUAGUCAGAUCCCAUGGGAAACAUUAAUAAAAUGUUAAUUCUUUUAUUCCAGUGGUAGAAAAUUACGUCUUCUUCCAAUUUUACACUCAAAGGAAGGGUAUAGUUCGGUUUCCAAAGACUUUUCCAAUUCCCGAAUAAUUUUGAACCCGACCUGCCGUUACAUUUACAGUCAGGUUUUCCAAACUACGAGCCGUAUAUUUUCCGCGUGCAGUGAACCAUACAUUUCUCUACGCUAUUAAGAGGAGACCAUAUUGGGUUCAUAAAAUUUAGCAGUUGAUUCGAGCUAUAUCUUUACCUUUAGAAGGCACAUUGGUAAAUGCAGAGUAAUGACGCUUUAUGAACGGCUAUUUCACGGUUUCCUAAAAGCUCACAAUUAUAGAAGAAUUUAAAAUCAAAUUAUGCUCCUUCUUCGAGUAAAAAAAAUUGGAAGAAGACGUACUUUCCUAUCGAAUGAGCAAAAGAGUAAAUAUUUUUAUGCAUGCUUUCGAUGAAAUGUAGUUGAAUUUUUAAGGGCAUCGAAGAUCAACGGGAAAAAUUUAUGCUACUUAAGUAGUCAUUUAUUGCAGAGUAUGUUUUUCACAUGCAGCCGCAAAGAAGUUCUUUCGAAAACAGGCAAUCCUGAGGUAACUGAAUUAUUAUAGAAUAUAGGCGCAGUGCAACUGUAAACUCACCGUACCUGCCCCCACCAUUCCGUGGAGCACAGAGUGGACAUCUUCGUUAGUGACUGUCGGACCGUCGGGUAAGACGUCCGAUUUCGACAAGGGAAGCGGACGAUUUAAUUUUUGGUCGACGAUGACAAGCUCCACCGCGGACAUAGCUCAAUCAAACUGCAUAUUUUCAGAUGCUCGAACAUCCCGGAGGCCCUUAAGUUUAGUUUUAGUGGUAACGUCGGCAUAUCAACUGCUGCAGUCACCAACGAUUCAUCGUGCAGUUGCUUUUUUAGCAGCACACUCAGAAUCUCUCUAAGUCACGGAAUAUGCGGAUGAGAGAGUAAUGCACUCGUCGAAAGUUUGCGCCAAUAUACGCCCAAAUGUUGCCUACUGUUCCGACCACAAGCCAACACGGACAAACGUGGUUCCGAGUGUCUGCACUAAGUAAAUUCUAUUCCUACAUGUUAUGCCGAUUCAGCUGUCCAACGAUUUUGAGUCUAUCUUUGCAAACCUUGUGUUUCAAGUGGCCGCAGAGGAAGAAACCAAAGGUAGUAAGAUGAUAGUACUGAGGUGGCCGCUCCACUAACAAUUCGCCGUGGAGACAGUGACGCACGACACGUGGGUGAUGUGGGGUGGUACGUUUCCACUAAAACAGAAUAUCGUCAAGCUAUUCAAGAAUGUCUGCCAAUAGAGCCACUUGCUGAAACAGUUGAUGAUAAAACUGGCCUAAAUGGGAAUAAAUAAUAUGGACUUUGGGGGCAGUUCCACCAGGGGCACCCUGGGUAAAACUGGCCGAAUACUUUGGUACCUAUAACGUCAGCACCAGUCAUGAACUUUGGACGGUUCUGCCUUUGCCUAGGAGCAAAAUGGCGCAGGUUACCAAACAUCACAAAGAAAGGUUGGUAGGGCCCGGUUAUAAGUGACCAUGUAUUAGAGGUGGCCUUGCGCUAAUUUCCGGUGGGGGGGGGGUAGGUUAGGGAUGGGGUCAGUGCUAGGGUUACGGUUCGGGUUAUAGCCGGACCGGAGAAUCGGUACCUUUCCUGGAACGCAGUGCGAGACUACCUGUAGUUUGGAGGGGGUUCUUAUACCCGUAUCCGGCCGAAAGGUCACUCAAACGCCUCUUCCGUUGAUUGUAAGCCUUGAAAGUGCUGCCUUCCCUAAAUAAAUCGCCUAAGUUCCGUAGUCUUUGCACAAGGUCAUAAGCCCUAACUUUGUCACCCGAAGUACAUGAUCUGUCAUUCGAAAAUUUCUAAAAGUUUCGGGCCAAUUUGCGAAUUCAGCGAUGAGCGAAUGAUCGCCUGUCCAUAUUUCUGGAAUAGGACAUUCAUGCAACCUCACCUGGGGUUUCCUUACAUGCUACCUAAAGAACUCCAAUUAAAUCCCUUCUCCAAUUGUUACUUUCGCCGCCUUCAGCUCCUCCGCCAUCAUCGUCUCCAUUUUGGUACUCUAGGCAAGUGUUUCUACGAGGCUGGGCACGAACAACCGGCCGUUCGCGCGGUCGUCUAGCUAAAAGCAAUCCACUUUAUCGAUCCAUGUCGCAGGUCUUUGGUGCUCCACUUGUCCUCGUUAGUGGACGGACGGUUGCCGAGAGGACCGAAGCCGCGUGAGCACAUGAGCCCUUGAUGCAUAUAGUCGUCUCUUAGGGAAAGGGUCUGGGUGCUACACCAUGCCCUCAAUCUCCAACCACUUGCUGGAGCCCAUUUUCAAAGGUAGACCGAAAUGCAUGCUUACCUCCGUCAGGAACUAUCCUCCAAUGCGCUAUUGGGUCGUUCUCGUAGUACCUAGGUCGCUUGGGGGACGGAUCAAUAGCUCGAUGGAGUCAGUAGUCGUUUGGAAGCCCACAUUCUACAGUUUGCGCAAAAUAGAGUCAUCCGACUGGCUAAACAAGUGUCGCUUCGUCAAAAGCUAAGUCGAAUCCCGGGGAAGAGGAGGAGAAGUAGGCAGUGACCAUUAGGGACACUUUAUAUUCGUCUGACAGCAAUCUUGUUUCUUCCGGAACUACUUAUCGAUCCUGCCAGCAUAUUUGACUUUGUCGUUAAUGCAUUGCAUAUGAUAAAUGACACCGGACAUUGACAACAGAAAGCCUGGAUUUCUGAGCAACUGGCCUGAGUGCUACUCUAACUCCCAGUCUACUUAUCCCUUUUGCGAGUUCUUCGGACACAACAGCAGCAUAUAGCACUAUGCACCAGCACAGCUGUCUGGACUUCGUUUUCUUGCUGAACUUUCGUUGGACUUUGUUCAUACCUCUUGCCUGUGAAGAAAAUUCGAAAAUAAUGUACCCUGACCCUAGUGGAGUCCAGCUCAUUAAGAUAGUUUUUAUGUAAGUGCAUUUAUAUCGAACUAGUUGGUUGCUGUUGGGACCCAGAAUACGAGAGAUGUUGGUCAUCUUCCUGUGAACUGUUAUUUCAAGUCCUCUACCAGUUGUACUAUGGGGUAGAACGUUUAAGAAUGAUAACUGACCGUCGCUCACCUCCUGAAAUGAGAACUGGAUGUCUGGAAAAACAGUCAGUAUACUGAGUGAAGUCACAGCCGAAUGCCAUAUGGUGGCGACGAAUUUGCCACUUACAAACCUCGUUCCCAAGUUUGAUCGGUAGUGGUCGAAAACCAGGGUUUAUGUGAGUCACCACCACUCUAACGUGUCCCUGGCACGUCAAACUUGAAUAAAAUCUUCAAGUGUUCAAGAAGACCAACGAGUUGCCUAAUUUUUUUUAUUUUGCAGUACACUUCGACGCAAGGUCCUUUCAGCAGGGGUUGCAUGGUCUCAACCGAAAGAUAUUGCGGGAUCGAGGUGCAGAGUGACAUUCCAUCGGAAGACACCAUUACCUCGUUACUCGCAUGUAGAAAUGUAAGCAGCGUUUGCCAGAAGUGUCCAACUGGGUGGACUAGUUUGCGGUAGACUUGGGUUAGAAAAGAAGAGCACGAAAACAACAAUCUGACCGCAUCAAAUUUUGGGGUUUCGCUCAGGAGGACAGUCAGUCACAGUAGUGCUGCUAGGUCGUGAAUCAUCGCGUAGCCAUCAGAUAUCGUAAUUGCGGCAUUCUUAGGUCCCCUUUCAACCCAGUCAGGUUUUGCUACUUCCCUUGUUUUACGAAACCCUUUCAGGCCUCUUUUGAGGUUGUUUGCAAAUGUCCCCGCUGGAUUAUAUACGUGGGGGAAUGCACGCACUUUGCUAGCCGAGAGGUCUCUUGACCUUAUGGGCGACAUCCACACUGCCUAACACAUGUCCCCGCCGAUGGGCUACGCUACGGAUGCGUUGGCCCAGGACGGAGGUCUAGUGACCAGUGUUUAUUGUUCGGGAAGAGUUUGCGCGAGGCCAGCACUACUGUGGAACACGUGUACAGUGAUGCGCAUUAGACACAGGUCUCUCCUCCGUGUCAUUCACUGCGACCAAACCCACCACCAACUGAGAGAGAGGGGCUCGCGCAGUCGGCUGGCUCAUGCGGUAGGGAAGAGAGUGAAACCGACCCUGGGGACUGAAUCCUCAAGGCACAUCAGGGCAUUAUUCACUAUGAAAAUCUGACCUGUUUGAGGCUAUCACGACGCACUAAUGAUCGUGGCUGGGAGGGCUGCUAACUGGCUGGCUUACUCGGUUCGUACCCUCAACUGAUGCGACCCCCAUCGCACUCUCACGCACGUGAAAUCCCAGCCGUGUUCGUGAAAGCUUGGUGCGUGCAGCAGUGCCCCCCAAACGGGCCACGUGGUAGAUGCGUUGGACCAACGCGGGGGCCAAAUCGGAUUCUUGCAGGCGUUAUAGGCAAUGCGUACCCUAUAAAAAAUGGCAACAUUUCUGGGUGCGGUAGUAGACCUGGUUGUCGGCGUACGUCGCGCACUCUGGGACCCCUGCCGUUCCGCCAUUUUCGUUGGUCAAAAACCUGAUUGUUUGGUUGCGUGUACCAGGAUAUGCGGAGUGGAACGCCAAGGUGCGGGCUCGACCAUGUCAUCCACCGGCGCCAUCCUUCGUCUCCGGUUUUCUUGGCUCUGUCUUGACAGCGGGUCCAGGUGGGGAGUGGGGAAGAGAGAGUGUGGUAGAUGCUGCGCAAGUCUACUAUCAUUAUAAACGAGAGUUCGCAGGAGACGCCGCCCCUGCUCUCACCCUGCUGUGGAGCAUACGGUAGAAAUCGUCGAACGUGCAGUGGGGAGCAAGUGUGGCAGGCAUUGACGAACUGUUGAGUUUUGCCGGUCACUGCGCCUGAUCUCGUCUCCGGUCUCCCUGACUGCAGUAAGCAACCGCCAGCUACUGCCCCCGAAGCAGAUGGAUAAUCGGCUCGUGCAGUGGACUACUGUCUAGGAGAGUGGGUUCAACUUCGGGAACAUCAUCCCUAGGGCACUCUGCGCAUAUUCGUCGCUAUAAGCAAUCUGACCUGCUUUAAAAAUGUCACGGUGCGCUAAAGCUCGUGAAUCGGUAGGCUACUAACUGACGGGAUAACUCGACCCUCCUCUCAGGACGGAGGGCCAGGCCGCAGCGGCUCCUUCUUAAUGCUGUCUCUGUCGCUCUUCUAUUUGGCUGGGAUUCUAUCCGCUCCUCUGAUGCUUUGGUGAAACCCUCGUCCCUUGUGCGCGAGUCAGGUGUGCGGCACGUACAGAUAGGGUGUUGACCUUUGUCAGCCGUUCCCUGGUCUUCUUGAUUCUGUCUUACCACCGGGCCAAGGUGGAUGAGGGAAAUGGGAGUUCGGUAUAUGCAACGGAUGUUUAUUAUCUUUAUAGGGGCAAGUCACCACCCCUGUGACCAGUUCGUGAGACACGCUGUGGACAGUCUCCUUUUCGUCAAACACACUUUUUGAACGUCCUGUGUCGACUAGAUGUAGAAGAAUGCUUUCAGCAGCCUGACGACAUCUUUCGAAGUGUAUGGACAACCGGUUUGGUGGAUAUUCCCCGCAGAAUUGAAGUGGUCUUCUUUUUCGACCUGAUGCUGACGUCACCGUAGCUGCAAUGAAGCCGUCCGGUUCAAAAGAGAGAUUGAGAACAACACUGGGACAGUGAUGGUUGAACUUACCUCCGUCCACCCUGGCGUCAUUUGUCUUGUACUGCAGAUGACGCAAGAUGCCCCCGUCUGCCGAUGUGGUAAAAGUCAAGCGGUUGUCGGGACACGUCCUUUAUGCUGAUUGGCGGUAUUUGAACUGAAGAUGGAGGUUCAGUUUACCCUUGUGCCUCGGGUUCAGGACACACGCGAGCGGUCGGAUAGAGUCGAGCAAUCAAUAAUCGGGUAGCGUAGUCGAUAAUGAUGAUGUGCACUGAUGCUUAUGCCUUUGGCCAGGGCCAGUCCUUGGCGAGUAGCUCGGAUUUGCGGGCUUGUGAGCAGCUAGUGAUUUGAUUGGUUGGCGGGGCACGACCGGAACGAGUGCAUCAGCCCUUCUCUCUUGUCCCAUUGGGCGUUUUGGAAGGCCGUAGGCGAAGGAUGGCGGACCUGCGCAGGGGGCUGUCCAACUGCAAGUAUACGGGGCUCAGAGUGGUCAGGAAGGUAAGAGAUCACUUGGACUGCCUUUUAUCGCCAUAACCCCCCUGAUUAACAGGGUCGUGCAGUGAAGUAGCAGAAGCAACCAAUGAAGCCAGUGUUAACUGAGUUGAGCUCAACAGUGUGUACAUGAGCAUCCAAGUCUUCAUUAUCAGUUACACGCAACCGGCCAAAAAUCCAGCAAUCAGGGAGGGGGGGAGGAUGACCGAUGAUUUAUGAUAAUUGCUGGACGGAAUGUGGACACCAGGCUUUGCUGAGGGGUGGCGGCCCAGAGCACAAGUAAUCAACUACACAGCGACACACACCCAAUAAGCAAACAGUACUGUAGUAUUCGAGGCCGGAACUCGGGCUCCUUGAUGGUCCGUCUGAAAGCUCUGCCAUAGGGCCACGGGCUCAACCUCGUUGGAUGAGAUCGGGGAUAUCUAGGGAAGUGACGUCCGCCAAUCGGUACCAGUUGCAGUGUGAUCUAUGGGUGUUCAUUUUCGCCUCUCGGGCCUAAAGCAUUUGCAGAGUCAUAAUAAAUAUUUAUCCCAACUUCCCCCGCUCUUGCCAGCUCUUCCCCUGCUGUGCUGGUUGUCUGUCACUAUGUGCUCAUCUGCGGGAGAUCCAGGCGGAAGUUUAAAAUUGACUCGGAAAUAGUGUGCAUAGGUAGUACAGUAUACCGUACUUAUCAGUAUAGGUACUAGUCAAAAGCCCAGACACGUGCUCCGCCGAUGUUCUGCCGCUGCAUGAUGCAACUGUAAGGAGUUUGAUUCACCCGUGGACCCCCAGCGUUCUCCGUGUGCGUUUCUGGUAGAUACUCCAGUUGUGGAGUUGCGGUUGAAAGAGCAUGUUCGGCCCAAAACAGGGACUGUGAUGCUCCACUCCGAAGUGACUGCCAUCAUGUCUGCGCGGUCUACAUACAAGCACUACAAUACACUUGUCAUUCAGUAGUGUCCAGAAGUCGUCAGUUUGCUGCAUGAAAUCCAGGUGCUUGUAUUUGGGGGGCGAGGUCGUGCAUGUAGCACACGCAAACAAGGUCACUAGACAUGUCAGCCACCGCGCCCCUUCUCUGCACCUGUCAAUUGACCGGCUCGGACAGUGGUUAGGGCCUGAAAAGAGAAGGGAUAGCGAGGUCGACGACUCAGUGCAUUUUCGUCACUAUAAACAAUCUGACGCACUUGAAGCUAUCACAGUACGCUAAAAGCCGUAGCAGGAAUGGUUUCCAACUGAAGGGAUAACUUGGACCUCGCAUUCGGCCUAGUCUAUGAGUAUAGGCUGCAAUGGCUCCUUCUUAAUGUGGCCUUUAUUGGCAUUCCCACUCCGUGGUAUCCGAGCCAAGCGUGACGGCAUGUCUGGGUGCCUGGCCGCGCCAGCCCCUUUUGUUGUUGUUGGUUAAAAUCCUGGUCAUUUGCUGUGAGGACCAGGGGGUGUGGAGGGGAGCGCCAAGGCGCCAAAACCCCUAGGGAACUGUGCUUGUGGUUACUGCUGUGCCUCCCAAACGGGCCACAUGCGUUAGAUCAACAUGGGGGCCAUAUCGGACUCUGCCAGGCGUUAUUGGAUGCCAUCAGUUUGGGGUUGAGGUGGCAAACCCAGUUGCCAACGUACGUCGAGCACUUUGGGGCCCUGCCGUCCCUCUCAUUUUUGUUUUUGGUGAAAUCCUGGACAUUUGCUGCGUGGACCAAGGGGUGUGGAGUGGAGCGCCAAGGCGUGGGCUCGACCGUGCCAUGCACCUGCGUCCUCCACCACCUCCGGUCUUCCUUACUCUGUCUUGGAUCCGGGUCCGGGUGGGGGGUGGGGAGGAGAGGGUGCGGUAGAUGUUGUGAAAGUCUACAUGCACUAUAAACUAAAUCACGCGCAAAUCAUCUUGCCUGGCCCCACCUCGCUGUGAAGCAUCCGGUGGACAUCGUCGGUAACGACGGCCGAAUUUUGAGGUGUGUGUAUGUGGGCGUAGGUCAAGAUGGCUUGAGAGAACCGCUGGACAACCGUCAGCCACGCACAAGACUACUAUCAGGCUAACCGUUCGGGCUAGCCCUGGGUGACUGCUACUGUCGUCCCGACCUGAGUUUGAAACCCCAACCUGGUUGAUUAUCGAGCACUUGAGCCUAGAGCUUUAUCAUCUGAAUCAUUGCCUUACGUACUGCCGGUCGUGACCUGAAAUGCAACAGGCUGGUUUUAAUUAAUAAGCCACAUAUGGUCAUUAACGUCAUCGGUAAGGAUUGCGUACGUGGGCCCAAUUAGACUUUAUUCUUAGGAUAUUCCUACUUAUCUCAUUUAUGUGAGUAUGUCAUGUGGGCGUCACCGUUAUGGUUCAACUCACAAAUAGGGUUGCCGUUAAUGUUAAACUUGGGGUUAGAUGAAAAUUAAGGUUUGGGAAUGGGCCAGGACCAAGUUUGCCUGCCUCAAGCCGUCUUACCGAAUCCGGCCAUCGUUAAUUGAUACCCAGGGUUUGCUUGUUUUCCAUCAGUUCACGUGCUUUUAAUUCACGUCAUUCAAAUCGUUUGGUCUGCUCUGACACUUUGUUUGAGUAAUAAGACUUCAUACGGCGGGAAUGUGGUUCUUCUCUAUGUCUUCCACAAAUUCACUUAAUCACCGCGUCCGUACACACUAUAGAUAAAACCAGUAUUUUCAUCCCCCCUGUUUUACAGGAGUCCCUGUGUUUCAUUUUUUACCUGAGGCCACAUACCCUGCCACUGCCCACCCAUCCUGGUUUUUGUCAAUAAAAAUUUCAGAAAUGACACUUUUUCAUCCAGAAAAAUUUAUUUGCGCGUUUCCUUGAGGUUCUUUUCUCGUUUUUACUUAUCCAUCCAGUUGUGCAGUCGGAGAACUGCUCCCAGCGUCGUCAGUCCCCCAACGAGGAUCUCCUUACACAACGCUUCCUUGCCAACAUCCGGGAGCGUCAGAGAACCCAGUCGCUGAAUCAGGCUUUUGCCGAUCUGCGGCACAUCAUUCCCACCCUGCCCUCGGACAAACUGAGCAAGAUUCAGACCCUAAAGUUGGCCACGAGGUGAGUGGGCUGAGGAAGGAAUAGGCUUAAGGGUGAAGUAAACUGUCAAAAUACGAUGGGUCCAGCACGAUAAGCCUCCUAAAUCAAAAGUCAGGAUGGCUUCCUUAGUAAGAAAAUCUUUACUGACGACGGCAGAGUAGAAAAAACCGGAGAAAGCAGCGACAGCGAUGGUUCAGAUAGGUCGACAAUCCACCUGGAGGUCUGAGCGUGCGCCUGAGAGCCCCCUAAAACAGUCCAUGCGGGAGUUGUGCUGGGACAAGAGGGGAGGGGGGGGUGGGCAGGUCAGGGUACUGCGUGCUUUAUUGGGCUGUGCACACAUAAUAAAUGCCAUAAAUGGGGAUUGUGUGUUGGCACGACAAGAUGGGGGCUCACGCCGUGCUAGCCACCUGCAGCCGAGUCCACCUCCAUUCUCUCUGACUCUGUCUUGACGCCGGGUUCAGGUGAGUGAGGAAGACAGAGUACGGUAGGUGUUGCACAAGUAUUUCGUCAUUGUAGAUCAAUUCACCCGCAAGCCAUCGUCCCUGCAUCUACCCCCCUCUGGGGCCCACGGUGGACAUCGUCGGCAAGGUUGUUCGAACUGCCGCCAUGUCUGGAUGUGGCCAGUCAUUGAAGAUCUGAAUUAUGAUAGGUGACACGAUGUCGGCAGAACAAGGGCUGAGUCAUACGCGUCAUGAGCAGUCAGCUGGUGGGGGGGGGAAGAGUUCGGUUUCCGUCGCCACGUUGGAUAGACCAUCACAAGAUGGAUGGUAGGGGGGUAAGGUUUGAAUGUUGUUACUUUCUCGUCUAAACUGACGCAUUUUUGAAUCAAAAUGCAACGUCUGAUGAGAAAUGGAUGCAAUGCGAUAGGCGCAAACUUUCGAAACAACGGUUGGACAAGGACGAGCCACCAGAACACAACUCAAAGCGCGAUAUUGAUCAAAAGAAGCUGGUGGUGAGUGCUAAAUGGUCUGGCGCAGGUACUAUCCAUUAUGAUAGGCAAAACCUAAAUCAGCGAUCACGGUAGCUGCAUACUGCAACCAGCUGGACCAAGUGAUCCAAACACUUGCAGAAAAACAGCCUGUAAUGGUCAACGGAUCGACUUUUAUUCUAUUGCGCAGCAGCGUUAAACCGCACGGUGGCAAAACUACAGGACUUGGAGUUCUCCAAUUUACAUCAUAAUCAUCAGAUUUUGUUCCCACUGACGGUCACUUUUCCGGAAGCCGGCUAAAUUUUUUUUAUAGGGAAAGCAAUUUAAUUCUGUCGCUGCCUGAAAAGAGACCUUCCGAGAUUAAAUGGACUUUCGAUUGCUAGGCUUCUAUACCGCCAAACUGAACAAGCAACCACUGAAAUGACAGAUAUGCAUUGGCAGUAUGGGUGCUUACUUUGAUGAAUAAAACUAUUCCCAGCAUUUAUUAAACACUAAUAAACAUUGUUUUUUCUUCUACAAAUUUCUUGCGCAUGAUUCAGGAGGUAUAUAUGUCCGUAUCCGACCGGGUUAGAAGGGUUAAGGCUAGGACUAAGAUUGGCAUUAUAUCGCGGGGAUGUGUGCCCCUGGAAUUAAGAGCAACGCCACCGGUAGUACUGGGGGUUCAUAUUCCCGUGGGCGAUCCCUAACACAAACGUCAACCUUAACACUUUUCCCAACCCUUAGCCUGUGUCAACCCCGUCCCCCCGUGCAUUUUAAGGCAGGGUCACCUGCAAUACGGGGUCCAUAUGUCGAUACCCAACCCAGUACGCUUCAAGGAUCGUAAGGUCUCUUCAGCGAGAUAUCAGGCGGCGUAUACUCUUCCUUCUCUAAAGCACACAGCAUGGAGUUUGGAGAUCUCUAUGUCAGGUGGACGGUCAGAUGGCGCUUGUAAAAUAGAUGUGUUAGAAAAGCAAAUCUAUUUCUCAAUUUCAAUCGCCAGCCGUCAAGAUGACUUAUUUGUUCAAAGGUUAAGGUGAAUAAUGCAGGGCUUUUGGAAACAGAAACUGAUGGUAGCUUCAACAUAUUACUUAAUUAAUGAGUGCUGCCCUGGUGUUGGUAAGAAUACCAUUGGAAUGUUUCCACUCAAAGGCCAGUCUGGGACUGCGCAUGAAUUAUUUGGCAGGCAAAUCAGUAUCGCAACGUUUUUGAAGUAAUCACUUCUGUUUCAAAGAAUAUUUAAGAGCUUUGAUCAGCAACCAAGAAGUCUUUCCUACAAAGCUGGUUCUGGCUUAUUAACAUAUAUUUCCACGAUUUAUAUGCAUACAUAUAUGUACACACAUAUUCGUAUGUAUUUGCGUUACUUAUCUUUUAGGUACAUUGAUUUCCUCUCAAACGUUCUUCAGGAAUCACCAAAACCCUCGACCAAAGUCAUCUCAACAGCUUACUCAUGUUCCGGGGUCGAGACUCCUACGUCCUGGUCAUCCACAGACUAUGAAGCGAAACGACUCCAACUGGGAGUUGGACGCGAUCUAACACUCAGCUCUCAGGGACUCCAGCAUGCCCGUGACGAAUCCGACACCUCCAUGAGAUCAGUUCUAAAUUCGGUGAACCCAGUGGAUGCAAAACGAGCUGAUUAUCCUGACAUCACAGAUGACGCCUACCUUUCUCCAGCCUCGGGGCUGCAGAUGUUGCAACCACAACCUCGGUUAAAGAAUGAACCCGGUGCAAGUCGUUCCGAACUCAGUUAUGCAUUCUCUGUCUGGAGAAUGGAGGACGCAUGCACUUUCGGUGGUGCUGUUUUCCCUUGA